GGACCCCGCGGCCCAGCAACUCGUUCCUGCCGGAGUUGGCCGCCCCCAUGGUCCCCGGGCCGGGCGAGCUGGACCGCGCACGGUCCUAGGAGCUGGGACCUCGGGAAGCGGGGAGCAUGGUGGGGGUCUUGGCCAUGGCGGCGGCAGCUGCUCCCCCGCCCGUGAAGGACUACGAGAUCGAGCCAUGCAAAAAGCGAAGGAAAGAUGAUGAUAGAUCUUCCUGCAAAACAAUUACAAAAUAUUUAUCACCAAUAGGGAAGACUGGAGACAGAGUUUUCUCGCCACCAAAGUCUAGUAAUAUUGUGAACUAUUUUAGAAGGACUUCACCCACAAAUGAGAAAACACAAUCAGCGAAAGAGUGCAAGAUAAAGUCGUCUGCACCAUUGCCUGUCGAUAGUAGCAAAGACUGUAGGACACCUUUGGAAGUGUUCUCACAUAUAGAAUUUAAGAAGAAAGGAAAGAGGGUUAAUCUGUCUCAUCAACUAAAUAAUAUUAAAAUUGAAAAUGAAUCUCCAAUUGAAAUUAAUAGUGAUGACAGCAAGGAAGACUCUAGUUUAAACGAGUUUGAGGAAUGUAACACUUCUGUCUUAUUUCAGAAGAAACACGUGGAGAUACUUGCAGAAAGCAUUCAAGAUAGCAAAAACCAGUCAAGUAUCAUGACUUCCAAAAAAAAUUCUAAGAAAGUAAAUCCUAAACAAGGAACCACAAAAAAUGAUUUCAAGAGGUUGAGAAAAAGGAAGCACAGAGAUAUAAUAGAUCUGUCAGAAAGUUUGCCCUUGGCAGAGGAACAAAAUCUGCUUAAAAAGGAUGGUGAAGAUAGCAAACAGGUAACGCCUUCCCUUGCUGCUGAACUCAGGAGUGCUACAGAUGAUGCACACUUGAGAGACAAUGUAAAUGAAUCAGACCAGUUAAAUGAUAAUACAAUAACUGUCUCAUAUGAAGAGUUUUUAAAAAGUCACAAGGAGAAUACAGUGGAACAGAUACCAGACUCUACAAUGCCAAUUUGUGUCCCUUCUGAAACUGAUGAAGAAAUAGUCAAAAGCAGUGAUGUAGGAGAAUCAGAAGGCUGUGACAGUUCCCCACAGGUACGCUUUAAGACAGUUACUGUUCUUGCACAAGUUCACCCUGUUCCCCCCAAAAAGAUAGGGAAAAUACCCCUAAUUUUUUUGAAACAAAAGCAAUAUGAAGUAGAAAAUAGUCUUUCUGAUCCUGAGAAUGAACAGACAAUUCAGAAAAGAAAAUCUAAUGUUGUUAUACAGGAGGAAGAAUUAGAAUUGGCAGUGUUGGAAGCUGGAAGUUGUGAAGCUGUGAAACCGAAAUGCACUCCGGAAGAAAGACAGCAGUUUAUGAAAGCGUUUAGGCAGCCAACAUCAGAUGCACUUAAAAAUGGAGUCAAAAAAUCUUCUGAGAAGCAGAAGGACCUCAAUGAAAAAUCUUCAAGUGAGGAAGGAAGAGAUAAUAAUUCUAAAAAAAUGGAAAAUCCUGAUACUCAAAUGAUUUCAAAUAAUGGCAGUUCACAAUCACAUACUAGUAAAGGAAGUUUCCCUAAGGAGAACAGUAAAAAGCUAAAGAAAAGGGGUAAGAAAACAUUAGAUACUGGGGCUCCUCCAGGUGAAAACAAGGAGAUAAAUACUCAACAGCAAGAAACAAUCUUUUCCUUUAAAAACAUACAAAAUCAAAAUAGGCUUAGAAUGAGCUUAAGACAAAAGAAAAAGGAGGUCUUCAAAAGUAGCACAUCGAUUAACAGUGAAAGUCUUGUUUGUGAAAGUCCAGCAAGUGAUGACGCUCUGUGUAAGAAUAGCAAAUCAAGGAGAACCAGCACACCAGUUAAAGAUAAGGUUACACCUUCUAAAGCUGAACCUGAAGACAGCCUGGUAAAUGUUUCCACACCCAAAUCAACCAGAAGAUCUGUGAGAAACAGCACUCCUACUGCCGUGACCGUUGGAGGAGCCGACUCUGAAGGUGCACAAGGUGACAGUCCGCUAAAGGCUUCUACGCCCAAAGCAGCCAGCUUGAUGGAGAAGCACAGCAUCUAUACAGCGGAAUUAAUAACAAUACCCUCUGAUUCAGAGAGUCCUAUCAGGAUGAAGUUCACCAGAAUUAGUACUCCCAAAAAGUCUAAGAAAAAAUCUAAGAAAAAAUCUAAGAAAUCGGAAGCAACUGAUGGAGAUUUUACUUCUCAGGCUAGGAAGGCGAGCAGUGCUUCAAAAAAUAUAUGCAAAGCCAAACAAUUGGUUGAAAAAGCAAAAGCUUUACACAUCAAUCGGACAAAGGCAGCCGAAGAAAGUGUGACACCAUUAAGGCGCUCCUCGAGACAUCAGCCAGUUCCUGAAAGGAAAGCAUUGUCAGAGACAGACGACUCUGUCAUAAUAAUAGAUUCAAGUCUAACUUCUGUAAAGCAUCCCGAGAAAAAUCAGAAGAAACUUCAGUGUUUGAACGAUGUACUAGGAAAAAAACUUAACAGGUCUCCUAAGAAUGUACCUGGAAAAAUGAAAGUCGCUCCUUUAUUCCUUGCCAGAAAGCCUAAAAAAACAGCUGAUCCUGUCCUUGGUUUUGAUGAAAGCAGUCAAAAUACAUCUGAAAAAUCUGAGGAUUGUGAUGAACAGUCUAAAGCGAAGCGUGACUUUCUGAUGAGUGGUUUGCCAGAUUUGCUGAAACGACAGAUUGCAAAGAAAGCUGCUGCUCUGGAUGUGUACAAUGCAGUGAGUACCAGCUUCCAGAGAGUUGUUCAUGUGCAACAGAAAGAUGACGGGUGCUGGUUGUGGCAUCUGACACCACCCUCUUGUCCUCUCUUAACUAAAUUUAAGGAAUUGAACACUAAAGUAAGAGAUUUCUCUAAAUGUGUUAUUGCCCUCGGUGAAUUUUCAACAUUGAAUUCAAAAGCGAAAAGUAAUAAUUCCAUUUUGUUCAUGAGGACAAGGAAAGAUUUUACUGAGGAAGUAAGAAAUCUUUUGCUGGAGGAAAUUAGGUGGUCCAAUCCUGAAUUUUCUUUGAGAAAAUAUUUUCCCUUGCUUCUGAAAAAACGAAUUGAGCACCAGGUACUUUCUGAGUAUCAUGGUAAACAAGAAAGUCUACAACUACAGCCUGAUGUCAUUCAAAAAGAAACCAAAAGGAAACGAGUAGAAACACAAAAUUAUAAGUCAAAAAGAAAGAAAUUACGUGAAUGUUCAGAAAGUCCAGAAAAGGCAAGUGGGAAGCCAGAAGAGCUUGACAAAAGAAACACUUCUUCUGGGGUAAAGCCAGGUUCUUCCAGAGGUUUAUAUUCUAAGGCAUCCUGGAAGAAACAGACUGCUUUGAGUACAACGUGUAAAGUGGAACCAAAAGCAGAAGAUGUUGAUGUUUUGAUCAUAGAUGAUGACAAAGAGUCUGGAUCUGAAGAAUCUUCCACUCCUGAUUCUGGAAUUGAAGACAUGCUUUGGACAGAAAAGUACCAGCCUCAAAACGCCAGUGAACUUGUGGGCAAUGAAUUAGCCAUAAAAAAGUUACAUAGUUGGUUAAAAGACUGGAAAAGAAGAGCUGAAUUGGAAGAAAAACAAAAUUUGAAGGGAAAAAGAGAGGGGAAACAGGAAGACGUUUCGGAUAGCUUGGACUUCCAGGGCAGUUCAGAGGAUGAAGAAAGUCGUCUCUGCAACACUGUUCUUAUAACAGGGCCGACAGGCGUGGGGAAAACUGCUGCAGUGUACGCUUGUGCUCAGGAGCUCGGGUUUAAGAUCUUUGAGGUGAACGCUUCUUCCCAGCGCAGUGGUAGACAAAUUCUGUCUCAACUAAAGGAAGCUACUCAGUCCCAUCAAGUAGACAAGCAAGGGGUAAACUCACAAAAGCCCUGUUUUUUCAAUAGCUACAACAUGGGCAAAUCUCCAAAAAAAGUAAACUCCCCUAAGAAAGUUAUUACAUCACCAAGAAAACUUCCCCCAUCAUCACCCAAAAGUAUUGGACCAAAGCGAGCACUGCCCCCGAAAACUUUGGCAAAUUACUUUAAAGUAUCUUCUAAACCAAAAAGUAAUGAAGAAAUAGGAGCGCUUUUGGAAAAUAAUAAAGGAAUUAAAAAUACUUUUGAGCAGAAACAAAUUAUUCAGAUGAAAUCUACAAAUGCAACUACUUCAAAUGUCAAAGAAUUUGGAGCUGAGGAAUCCAGCAGGAAAAAUGCCACAUCUCUCAUUCUUUUUGAGGAGGUUGAUGUCAUUUUUGAUGAAGAUGCUGGGUUUUUAAAUGCAAUCAAGACAUUCAUGGCAACAACUAAGCGACCUGUAAUCCUGACAACAAGUGAUCCAACAUUUAGUUUAAUGUUUGAUGGCUGCUUUGAAGAAAUCAAUUUUAAUACUCCUUCCCUGCUAAAUGUUGCCAGCUACCUACAAAUGAUCUGCUUAACUGAGAAUUUCAGAACUGAUGUAAGAGACUUUGUAACUUUGUUAACUACAAGUACUUGUGACAUCAGAAGAAGUAUCCUUUACUUGCAGUUCUGGAUUAGAAGUGGAGGUGGAUUUUUAGAAGAAAGGCCAUUGUCCCAUUGUCGAGGGAAUAACAGGAAUGUACAUAUAGUUUGCUCUGAAGAUGGUCCUGGUGUGAAAAAUAAUGUCAAAAAUACUAAAAAGAAUCGUAUAAUCCUUCCUAAGUGUGACACCGGCUGUGUUGAGACCUUGUUUGGUAUUAAGAAUAUUUUUUCCCCAUCUGAAGACUUAUUCUCAUUUUUGAAGCACAAAAUCACAACAAAAGAAGAAUGGCAUAAACUCAUCCAACUCCUUACAGAAUUCCAAAUGCAGAGUGUAGAUUUUUUAUAUAGUAAUCUUGAGUUCCUUCUGCCAUUACCUGUUGAUAUUGUCCCAGAGCCACACACUCUCUGUGGCUCGUCAGUAACUCUGGAAGCCAGCACCACAACAAAAAGUGCGCCGUGUCUUGCUAGGAAACCUUCUGAAGGAGAGCAGCCGGUGAAAAAGGCCCACAAGAAGAAACAUAAGAAAAAGAUGGUCAUACUGGAUGACAGUGAUUUAUUUGACACUGACUUGAACUUUCCUGAUGAAGUUCUUAGCCUGUCCCCUGCGGCUCUUUCCUCAAAUUCAGAAGAAAGCAAAAGCAGAGACAAAGAAAGCAAUCCGGAUACAAAGAAAGUAAGCAAAUGUUUAGCAUCCAAUAUCGCAUCGACUCCUGGACCUCCGAAAACACCAGCAGAAAAACAGUGCUCUGCCCUUGUCUCUCAGUGUUUAAACUCUCUCGCCGAGUUCCUGGAUAACAUGUCCUUCCUUGACCCCCUUUUCACUGGUGCACAAGAACAAAAGGAAUUUGAUAAAGAUGACUUUAGUUGGCCCAGUGGAAAGGUUAAAAGUGGCCUUUGUGAUGAGUUUAGUCUGGAGAGCGGCAAUGGCGGUGGGUGGACCGCUCAGAGCUCUGCAGAACUGAAGGCAGCUGCAGAAGCGCUCAGCUUUACCAAGUGUUCCUCUACUAUUUCAAAAGCAUUGGAAACCUUGAAUUCUUGCAAGAAGUUGGGAAGAGAUCCAACCAGCGAUCUGACUAUCCAGGUUUCACAAAAGCGCAAUAAUAUGUACUUCCGCCGGUCGGCAGCUAAUUUAGACAAUGCAAGGAAGAGGAUAGCAGUCAUUAAAAGUGUAUUUUCUAGCCGAUCUCUUGUGAACCUAGGUAACAGACAAGCUAGUAUAAUUGAAUACCUGCCAACUCUUCGAAACAUUUGUAGAACAGAGAAGUUAAAGGAACAAGGAAAAAGCAAAAGGAGGUUCCUGCACUAUUUUGAAGGAAUUCACCUUGAUAUUCCAAAAGAGACUGUGAAUACCUUGGCAGCUGAUUUUCCUUAAUCUUCUACAUUAACUUUGUACAGAUCAUGUGGUCCUUAAGAUAUUUUUGUAUUAUGUUGAUUUUCAUUGAAGAAUUUUUCUUGAUGUACAUUCAAAACAGACUAUUUGUAUAUUUUUUAUUUUGUGCAUAUAUUUAAAAUGAAAAAAUUUGAGUUACAAGUUGUAUAUAUGAUUGUGGUAGUUUUUUUUUCCUGGAGUUUUUGUAUUAUCUGAUUUUGCUUUGUUGGAGUAUUUUUUGUGGGUGUGAAUGAACUGUUUCUGGAAGGUGGAGUUGCCCUGAUAUUUCUAUAAUUUUCCCCUUUCCUGUAACCCUCAAUCCACCCCUCUCCUACCAGAUAUGGUGCUCUGUCAAGUUGUAAAUAUGAACCACCUAGAUGGUCUUUUAAAAUUGUUUACACAAUACAAACAUAAGAUUACCUAUGUAAUACAUAAGAAAACUUCCUACGAAGAAAAUACACUUCAAGUCUCAAAAGGAUCUGAUGAACUGAUUUGUAGUACUAUCCCCCAGCGUGUUUUACCAUUGAAUCAGUGAAUGCUGACAAUGUAAGAUCAAGAUUAUAAAUUAGUUUUUCAUAAAUCUUUUUUAGCGGCCCUGUGGUAUCAUGUAUAUUUGCCAGCUUGAAUCAUUUGUCUUGUACAUUCUGUUUGUAUUUUUAUUUCUUGAUGUUUUAUUUCAUAAAGAUAUUAAUGACAUUAAUGUAUCAGUUUUGUAUGAGAUGCUGUUGAUUGAAUUAAGACUGUAGCAGGUGUGUUUAGCAUGGUGGUUGGGAUGCCUGUGUCCCAUAUCAAAGCAUUUGGGUUCAGUGCUCAGCUAUGACUCCUGAUGCUGUUUGCUUGCUGAUGCAGACCCUGGGAGGCAGCAGUGAUGGCUGAGUUCCUGCCACCCAUGUGGGAAACCUGGAUUGAGUUCCAGACUCCUGGCUUCAGCCUAACCAGGCCCAGCCAUUGGGAGCAUUUGGGGAGUGAUCCAGCAGGUAGGAGCUGUCUUUCUGCCUCUCAAAAAACAAAAUGAUUUUUUUUAAGAUUUAUUUAUGUAGUUGAAUGGCAGAGUUAGAGAGAGAGGAAGAGACAGAGCGAGCUUCCAUCUGCUGGUUCACUCCCAAGAUGGCUGAAACAACAGGAGCUAUAGCAGGCUUAAGCCAGGAGCCAGGAGCUUCAUCCUGGUCUCCCAUGUGGGUGGCAGAGGCCCAAGUACUAGGGCCAUACUCUGCUGCUUUUCCUAGGGAAAAGCCUUAGCAGGGAGCUGGAUCAGAAGUGGAACAGGUGGGACAUGAACCAGCUUCAUGUGCCAACAUUGCAGGCAGCAGGUUUUUUUUUCUUUUUAACUUUUCCUGGCAGCUAUAGUGGCCAGUUCUUUUUUGAUUUUUGAUUUUAAAUAUUUAUUUAUUUAUUUGAAAGUUAGAGUUACAGACAGAAGGAGAGACAGAGAGAGGUCUUCCAUCCUUGGGUUCAGUCCCCAAAUAACUGUAACAGCAGAGCUUCCUCUGGGUCUCCGACUUGGGUGCAGGGAUCCAAGCACUGGGGCCCUCCUCCACUGCUUUCCCAGGCCAUAAGCAGAGAGCUGGAUUGGAAGAGAAGCGGCCAGGACACACACCAGCAGAGAUGAGAUGCCAGCACUGCACGCAGAGGCUUGUGCCACUACACCACGGUGCUGGUCCCAGUCAGUUGUACUGUAAAGUAGCUCCCUGGGGUGGGCAUAUGUUGCAGCAUGUAUGACUCCACUUGGAAGAUCCAUGUUCAAGACCAGCUCUGCUUCCAAUUCCAGCUUCCUGCUGUUUCAGAUCCUAGGAGGCAACAAAUGAUGGCUCAAGUAGUUAAGUCCCUGUUGCCCAUGUGGGAGACCCAGACUGAGUUCUUGGCUCCUGGCCUGGCUGGCCCUGACUGUUGUAGACAUUUGGGAGAUUGAUAGAUGGGAGCUUUCUGUGUGUCUGUCUCUUUGCCCUUCAAAUAAAUAAAAAACGUUUUAAAAUCAAACAGCUCCCUUGGGUCUGGUGCUAUGCCACAGUAGGUUAAUCCUUUGCCUUUGGUGCCAGCAUCCUAUAUGGGUGCCAGUUUCCUGGCUGUUCCUCUUCCGAUCCAGCUCUCUGCUUUAGCCUGGGAAAGCAGCGGAAGAUGGCCCAAAUACUUGGGCCCCUGCACCCAUGUGGGAGAUCUGGAGGAAGCUCCUGGCUCCUGG